AUGAGGCCCAUCCACUUACUGACUCUGCCAGGCACACUUGGGGCCAACCAUUGCUUCGCCUACGGCGCCAGGCGCACGCUCGCGGCCAUGACGAGGAGCCCGGCCAACCUGGCAGCACCUGCAACGACGCCGGGAAUGCCUCGGACGCUGUCUGCGUCGUCCUUGGUCGCUGCGCCGCGAGCGGAAGCGGUUCAAGCGGCAGCGCAGGAAGGGCCGAUGCCGCAUUCUCCGAUCCCCAUCUUCACCACCGUACAGCGGUAUCGGCAGUGGCGAGCCGGAGCUGCAGCCCGCGGCGAGACCGUCGGCUUCGUCGCCACCAUGGGCGCCCUUCACGAGGGCCAUCUCAGCCUUGUGCAAGCCAGCCUCGAGGAAAACGACCACACUGUGGUCUCGAUCUUUGUCAACCCGGCCCAGUUUGCACCCACCGAGGACCUCGCCUCGUACCCGCGCACGCUCGAAGCGGACAUUGCCAAGCUCAGCCCGCUGCGCAGCGACCAGGGCCAACGCAAGGUCUCGGCCGCCUUUGUACCGACGGUGCCCGAGAUGUACCCGAGCGGCUUUACGCAGAUCGUCGAGGACCAGGUCGGCGCCUUUGUCGAGGUCAAGGGCCUCGGGCACCAGAUGGAAGGUGGUAGCAGGCCCACGUUCUUCCGCGGUGUGGCGACGGUCGUCACCAAGCUCUUUCACAUCGUCCAGCCCGACCGCACCUACUUCGGACAGAAGGACAUCCAGCAGGCCAUCAUCCUGCGCAGACUCGUCAAGGAUCUGCUGUUUGCCCACCCGCCCUCGCCAGAACAUCUGCGGGUCAUGCCAACGGGGCGCGACAAUGAGACCGGCCUCGCGCUCAGCAGCCGGAACGCCUACCUGACGGCCGGCGGGCGCAAGGUGGCCCCGGUGCUGUACCGCGCUCUGUGCGAAGGACAAAGAACCUGGGACGCCUCGGCUGGAGAGCCCGCCGACGUGCGGGUGCGCACCACCUUGCGCAAUGCCAGGGCCGUCGUCGAGGAGGAGGUCAAGAGGUGCCGGCAACAGGGCUCGGUCACGCUGGAGCUGGACUACAUCUCGCUCAACAACCCAAACACGCUGGAGAACCUCGAAGAGGUCGUGGCGAAGCGCGGCGCAGAGGGCAUCAAGGUGGAAGAGGGGGCGAUCCUGAGCGGCGCUGCCCUGGUCAGCGAAGGAAAGGGCGGCAAGGUGACCCGGUUGAUAGAUAACGUCUUGCUGGGCUUCCGGCUGUAG